AUGGCACUCACUGGCGCUAUCUACGGACCGGAAAACCCCUACGAUGACCCGAAGAUAGAAGCUAGUUGGCAAGAAUUCGUUCCUGGGAUCACCCACCUGCUAUCGAGCCCAUUCCCAGCUUUGACCGCACGCAAAGCUCUCCGUGCUCGAAGCCGUAUCGUGUGUGCGUUCAAGAAAUACUUCGAAACAGGCGGCCACCUACAAGCGUUUCCCAUGAUCCCGGAGAUGCACGAUAUCAACAAAGGCCAUGGGCUCAGUAUAGAAGAAGCUGCUAAGAUGGAGAUGGCCACAUCGCUGGCAAUGCUCAGCAGCGGAGCGGUGACAACAUUUUGGCUACUGUUCCACGUCUUGUCGGACAAGGAUCUGACUGCAGUCAUUCGAGAAGAGUUGGAACUGGUCACCGCGGAGACUGGCGUUAAGUCGGUCAAGACUGUCAACCUUGGUAGGGUGAAGGAUAACUGCCACGCGCUCGUUGCCGUCCUCAACGAAUGUCUUCGGUACCACAGCACUGUCAUCAAUACCAAGCAAGUGCAGCACGAUACAACUCUGGACGGACAUUACCUGCUCAAGAAGAACGGCAUUGUCAUGAUCCCCAGUCAGAGCAUACAUCACAACAAGGACAUCUGGGGUCCGUCCGCCGACACUUUCGACCACAACCGUUUCCUGUCUUCUGGAUCGAAGAAGAACCUGUCAAGCACCUCGUCUUUUCGUCCUUUUGGUGCAGGUGUAACGAUGUGUCCUGGACGGCACUUUUCGACCAACGUCAUAUUGAGUCUGGUCGUGAUGGUGCUGCUAAAGUUUGAUGUUGAGCCAGUAGGCGGAGCCUGGAGGAAGCCUACAAAAUACAACGCAGACAUGUGGAAUGCCAUGCCGAAGCCAGACUACGACAUUGAUGUAAAGUUCCAGUCAAGAGGAGAGAAGCAGAUUGAGUGGAGGUUCGUCUGGGAGUAG